UUCCUCUCCCCCUCAAUCUCCCCUUUACCAGGCACUCAUGAGUCACCACCAAGGUCCAGUAACCGCGUAUCCCCCACCCAGCCAUGUCUAUCCACCUCCGACUCCAUAUCCUCCACCAGGGCAGGUGUAUCCACCACCACCACCAUCGUGGGAGGGGCAGCAUCAAGUUAUCUAUGUUGCAGCGCCGCCUCCAGUGGGGUACCCCAUGAGAGAUGGUGAAGGGCACCCACAAAAUCACCGUCCGGUUGAGACCAAAAGCAGGGGUGACGGCUUCUGGAAAGGAUGUGCUGCUGCCUUGUGCUGCUGCUGUGUCUUGGACUGCUGCUUUUAACCGAUCUGAACUGCUUUUGUAACCCCUCGCCUCCUUUCACAUUGGAGAAGGGGAGGAACCCAAGUCUACGGCUAUUGUAUUCUUUAGCAUUGAUUGAGAUGGAGGUCUCAAAAUUAUUAAGUUGUUUGACCAGACUUUCAAAAACCAAAUAAUAAU